UCCUCAAAGCCAAACUGGACUAGAAGAACUAAGAAGAAGAGAAGAAAUGAGUAGCAGUUCAGCGUUAAGAAAAAAAAUUCAAAAGAAAUUCAAAAUACGAGGCUAUACCCUAAAAGUCGACGCUCUCGACGAAAUUCUCUCGUUCGUGAACCGCUUUCCAGACGCCGAAGACGACGCCGUUGAUGUCCUCUUAGACCGCCUUCAGUCCGAAUCACAAAAUGUGGGAGUGAAGUCUUCCAUAAUAGAUAAAGAGCCGAUACAGCGUGUUAUCAGCAAGUUAGUGGAAGCACUCGACACUGUUGAAGAGAGCACAAGUGGUUCAGUUUCUACUGCUACUGCUGCUUCUGCUAUUCGUGUCGUUGAUGUUUUUCUGGUCCCGAAGUUUAAGUUUGAUCCUAUCAAGAAGCAGUUUUAUCAGCAUACAGGAGGGCUAUCCAUUCAUGGUGACUCCUUUGCAAAAGCUGCUUUGUACAAAGAUCGGUAUCUUUUACUUUUCCAACGAAUAUGUCGUGAUCAGCAUUUUUCCAAGCCUGCAUUUGAUUCUGAAAUUUCCGAUUACGGAAGCUGUGAGAUAGCCCCAAUUCAGUCUUUGGUUGGUCAAACGGGAAGGCGGUGGGUCAUGGGAGUGAUAUCCCAGUUGGAGGAUGGUCAUUUCUACUUGGAAGAUCUUACUGCAUCGGUGGAAGUUGAUUUAUCUAAAGCAAAAAUAACUGCAGGAUUUUUAGCAGAAAACACAAUAGUUGUUGCAGAAGGUGAGAUGCUCUUGGCUGGUGUUUUUCAGGUACUUACAUGCGGUUUUCCUCCAUUAGAGGAUCGAGAGAAAUCACUAAAUUUACUUGCACAACAUGAUUUCUUCGGAGGUGGUACUUUCACGAAAGAGGAAACUAUAGGACUUGAAGAGCUGGAAAACAAGGCUGUUAAUGACAUGUUUGUCAUACUCUCCGACAUUUGGCUAGACAGCGAUGAGGUUAUGGGAAAGCUUGAGAUGGUACUUGACGGCUUUGAGAUCCAAGAAGUCGUUCCUUCCUUAUUUGUUUUUAUGGGGAAUUUUUGUUCUCGUCCAUGCAAUCUUUCCUUUCAUUCGUUUUCAACUCUCAGGUUACAAUUUGGAAAGUUGGGGAAAAUGAUUGCAGCACAUCCAAGGCUUAAAGAACAAAGUCGAUUUCUGUUUAUUCCAGGUCCUGAUGAUGCAGGUCCGUCAACAGUUCUUCCCCGGUGCCCUCUACCAAAGUAUCUAACUGAAGAGCUUCAGAAGCACAUUCCAAAUGCCAUUUUUUCAACUAAUCCUUGCAGGGUCAAAUUCUAUACUCAAGAAAUCGUAUUUUUUCGUUAUGAUCUGCUUUAUAGGAUGCGUCGGUCAUGCUUAAUGCCUCCUUGUACAGAGGAGACUGCUGAUCCCUUUGAACAUCUGAUCGCAACAAUAACCCAUCAAAGUCAUCUCUGCCCACUCCCUCUUACUGUUCAACCAAUUAUCUGGAAUUUCGAUCACUGCCUCCAUCUCUAUCCAUCUCCACACACGAUUGUUUUAGGUGACAAUGGGGAGCAGAAGGCAUUCAAAUAUACAGGAAUCACUUGUUUAAAUCCUGGAUCCUUCUCCAGUGAAAGCACAUUUGUAGCAUAUCGUCCUUGCACCCAAGAAGUUGAACUAUCUGCUCUGUGACCCUAGGAAUUAGUUGAUAUUUAGCAGACCAUUGACUCUAAGCACUAAGUUAGACUGCCACCUUGUUCAGAUGAAAUAUUACUUAAAAUAUGAAGUCUGGAAUUCCUCCUAAUUUAAGCCCCCCCACCAGUUACUUCGUGUUGUUUUUUUUCUACUUUUUUGUUGUUGAUAGUCUUGGUAAAUAUAUACCAUAACUUCUCCCAUUUCUGAUUACCUUGUAGCAGUUUGAGGUAUUUAUACAUAUUACUUUUACUUGUAAUGCACUUGUAGCUUGUAACGUGAGAGUUGGUAUUGUGAUUUCUUAAUAGAAGAUUUACUUUUAAACAUAA